CGUCAGCCCACUGUUCGAUGAGACCACACUCACAUUGUUAAUCAAGAAACAAACAACCACACAACCACCCUUUAGCUGACUGACACAAUACAUGUACCCUCGUCUCCUAGUAUAGAUGCGUCCGUCUGUAUGUCUCUCUGCGCCUAUCUAUUUAUCCCUUCUUCUUCUUUGACUUUCGCUUCUGCACCUUGACAGCCGACGCCAAAUCGUCCUCAUCAUCAUCGUCUAUCACUAUCUCCUCCCUCUUAUCGGCCUUCACACCGCCUACAGCGCCAGCACUAGCACUAGCACUAGCAGCAGCAGCAGCAGCAGCCGCAACAGCACCGGCUGGCUGUCCUACUGCCGCCUUGUUCUCCUCCCCACCCCUGUCCAGCGACACCGCCCCGAACCGCUGGUCGAGGGACGUGUCGCUCGUGCCACCCUCCUCGCCUCUGUCGCCACCACCACCACCACCGUCUUGCGCUCCCUUGUCUCUCUCUCCAACGUCUUCAUCCGACUCCAGGGUCAGGUCCAUGAAGUUAUUCAUCUCGGGGGCUAUCCGCUGCUUCCCCACCUUGCCCUUCUGCGUGGGCGGCCGCCUGCCCGCCGCCAUGGGAGAGGCGCCAGAGGGGCCAGGGGCCGGGGUGGGGAUUAGGUUGGGGGUGUCGGGCGACUCGCGACGCCUCUUGGCGCCGAUCGAGCUUGCAGAUGCGGCGGCGGCGGCGGCGGCGGCAGCAGCAGCUGAUGGUGCCGGUGGCGGCUCUGGCGGGGCUGCGGCAGGUGCUGGUUCCAUCUCGACGUCUUCUGGCUUUCGGGCUGGGAGGGUUUCCAUUGGGACAGUAACGGGAGCAUCCUCGUACCUGCACAAGGGGCGAGGAAGCGAACACGCAAUGGUGGCCUAUGACAUAAUGUGCCUGUCUGCAUAUGUUGAUGCUUACUUCUUGUGUAUGUUCCUCCGUGCUUCUCGGCGCUUUUGCUUGUCCUGAUACAUCCAUCAAACAGACACAUAUGGGCAUGAUCCAUCCACCAGCUGCGUGUGCAUGCAACAGCUGCUCCCAGCUACCUUUUCGAUUUCGUCCAUGACCAUUUUGGCCACGUCCUUGCCCCUCGACACAGCCAGCUGAACCCAUCAACAACACACACACACAGAGCCAGCCAGUCUUUCUCCCUCGCCAUUCCCUCCCCAGUGGCACACCGCCCACCUGCAUGCAGUAUUGCAGCGGCUGCAUGUCGAUGGGGAGGCCGCCCGCCUUGUGGAUGGCACACAGGUCGCCGUGCUGGUUGACAGCCACCGACAGCCGCCCCCGCAUCACCGACUCCUCGGCCGACGACGGAUCCACCUGACGCCACACGACACAACACAACGAUGUCCAGGUGUGCAUCGUGUGUGCGAGCCUCACCACGAAUGUUUCAGCGUCGUCGAAGAAGCCGAAUGAGAUCAGGACGGGAAGGUGGUGGACACUGCAGAGCAACAGUCGAUGCAACACGACACACACAAAUGGAUCCAUGGAUGCGUGAAGUGUGGGCCGGUGUCGCCUCACUGACUGACCUGAGUGGGACGGGCUCCCUCUCCUCAGACGAAUGGAUGAUGGCCUGCGAACCCGACAGCGUCACAUCCUGCGCACACAGACAAACACCGCCACCACGGACGUCGGUCGCGUCCAUCAAUCCAUCUGUGCUGUCUGCCCGCCCCACCAGUUUCCUAAAGUGCAGCACGCCACACAGAGCCGCCAGGGCCGACGCGUCACAGAGGUUCCCAUCGUCGUCCAGCGCCCGGAUGUCCACACGCAGCGACCACACCUGCGAGCCACCACGAAUGACACACACGUAAUUCCUUCCCCCUUGCCCACAACCCACCCCCCACCGACUCACCUUGGCCCCGCCGAGUAUGCAAAGGCUCUCGACAUCCAUGGCGCGGCUGCCCUUGAGGAGCCGCUCGACGAGGUUGCACACCUCCAUGGCGGCCUCGUUGGUGCGGCCCAGUUCGAACAGCGGCGAGGCCAUGGGGCCGUAGUCCACAUUGAACGACAGGAACCCUUCGUUGGGGCGGUCUGCGUAGGGUGCCACCACCUCCCCCGCCACGAUGCACAGCACACGGCUGCGGCCGAGGGUCACCUCCACCUGUAGCGCAGACACAAGCACAUCGAUGGCAGCCGAUUCAUUCAUGCGUCUGUUUGUGUGGCGGUUUACGUGUCCGUAAGUGUUGCCGAAGUGUAUCUGUAUGGGUCGGGGGUCGUGCAGGCCCCUGCCAUCGACGCGAAUGCCGUUCGCAAGGGCGGCCUUCAGGAACGCCUCGUUAUCCCUGGUCGGCAGCAUUCGCCAAGGUGCAUCUCACUGCAUCCCUCCAGCAGCGCAGAUCUCUU